GACCCGAGCAGCGGCUGCGCGGGAAAUGAACGCGGGCGGUAAACGGCGAGCUGAUCCGCCUGAGCGCCCCGGCAGCCUCUGGCUUCCCACAUGGACAAAAACUGGACUCGCCCUUUUGUAUGACGAAAAAACCAAUAAUACCUACGAUGUCCAUUUGAAGUUAACUAAAGAGAUGCUCAUCAUACAGAAACAGGAUGUGGUUUGUAUAGGAGGUAGUAUGCAUCACCUAAAUCACAGAACUGUUGUACUCCGAAGACAGGCAACUGGAGGCUUGGGUCUGAGUAUCAAAGGAGGAGCUGAGCAUAAAGUGCCAGUGGUCAUUUCAAAGAUUUUUAAAGAUCAAGUAGCAGAUCAGACGGGGAUGCUGUUUAUUGGUGACGCUGUGUUACAGGUCAAUGGCAUUAAUGUGGAGAAGUGCACGCAUGAAGAAGUGGUUCAUCUUUUGCGAACGGCUGGAGAUGAAGUUACAAUCACUGUGAGGUACCUCAGGGAGGCACCAGCUUUCUUAAAGCUCCCAUUGGGUUCUCCAGGACCAUCCAGUGAUCAGAGCAGUAGAGCAUCAUCACCACUUUUUGACAGUGGUUUACAUUUAAAUGGGAACUUGAGCAACACAGCUCCGUCUUCACCUUCCUCACCCUCGGCUAAUGAACCAAAGUACGAGAAGCGCUGGUUGGAUGCAGUCUCCCUCUCCUUGGCCAUGGCUCGAGUCUCUAGACACAAAGCUCAGAAAGAUAAAUUAAGGUCGAACAGUUUUGAAGUAUUUGCCUUAGAUGGAGCGUGCACCAAUGUUCUCCAGUUUUGCACUGCAGCAGAAAGCACAGAUUGGCUUCAAGCAAUAUUCACUAAUAUCAAUGAUCUGACCCAGGAGAGUAUAAAACAAGAAAACAAGUACUAUUCUCCUGAUGAGCAGAUCAUCCAUAUGGGUUGGGUGUGUGAGCACCUUCACAGAAGGGAAGCCAACCAGGUUCAAAGCUACAAGUUUCUGGCAUUGAAAGGCUCCUCACUCUACAUUCUCGGAGGCCCUCCUGCCGGAGCGUCAGACUGGGCUCAGGCUGAGACCACAUUUAACCUCUGUGAGGUUCUUUUUAAAGUUCAUAAGCUGUGGAUAGCGGAGGACUGCUGGAUCCAGCCAAAGCUGUGUGUGGGCCUGCAGAAAGACUGUGAUCUGCAGGACAGUGAUGGGUUCAGCUUCAGCGUGCUGGUGGGCCAUGGGCAGAGCUACUGUUUCAGAGUUGAGCUGGGCACAGAGGUUGCACUCUGGGAAAGGGCCUUUCAGAGAGCUGUUUUCAUGGAGGUGCAGAGAGUGGAGUCGAAAACCUACAUGUGCAGCAGCCAGGGGAAAAUUCUGUGCUUCACGAUCGACUUUGAGUCUGGCUUCUCCUGCUCCGACAGUGUUUCAAAGAAAGUUAUUUGGAGAUAUAAAUUCUCCCAGCUAAAGGGUUCCUCUGACGAUGGGAAGACGAAAGUAAAACUCUUAUUUAAGAACUCAGAAAACCAACAGAUAGAAAUGAAGGAGCUGGAGUUUGCAAACCUAACAGCUGUCCUUCACUGUAUUCACUCCUUCAUCGCUGCCAAAGUGGCCUCCGUGGAUCCCCUGUUCGUCAACAGUCAAAGCGUCUCACAAAAGUACAUGUACAACAGCUAGAGACCCGAAUUCUGUCUGGAACAUGUACCAUCUUGUCUGUGGUUCCAUCUAUUUACUAUUUUAUGCACAAUAUCUAUGAAUAUAUCUAGUUCUUGUUAUUUUUGUAUGAAUCUUCUGAACAAAAAUGUUAAAAGAAAUUUUUUGAAUUAGAUGAUAUUUUGACAUGCGCUAAUUAAAGGUUUGGUACUCGAAUAUGGUAUCUUCACUGAUCCGUUUCAAAUUAGUUCAUGCUGAUCAUGUAGCAAAGCAAACGUCCACGUAUAAUAUACAACAUUAUGCGUUUGUUUAAUGCAUGCACUGCAUUUAACAGUUUACAGACCAUUACGGGUGAACCUUGGAGGAAGUUAAACUGUAAAAUGAAAUCACUUUGUAUUUAACUUCUGUCCUUGUGUCUUUAAAGUUAUUGACCCAUGACUAACCUGUGUACAGUUUUUUUGAAACAAUUUUUAUAAUUACAACCUUCCAACCCAAGAUUCAGUUUCAUCAAAUUGCUGUAAAUGAGCUAAAACAAGCCUAUCCUUUUUUUUUUUUUUUUUUUUUUUUUACUUUAGCAUGAACUUGGUCACAUUGCUUUGUAUUAAAGUGUCUAUGAUUUUCACCCUUCCAGUUUUAAAUUCUUCAAUACCCGAAACACAUACAGUAGAUGUAGUCUAUCUGUUUAAUUAAACAGUAAUUAGGCCAUGUUAGGCCAGGGUAACCAACUACCUUCAUGCAAAAGCUUCUUUCAAAUUCUAAUCUGUGAUCAAACUGAGGACCCGUAAUUUGCAGCUUUGUUCUGUAUGGUGUUAUUCAGUACCUUUCCAAAUAAAAGAGCAGUUAAUUAACUGUUGACAAAA